UGCACUUCACCUAUCAAAUAAACGAGCCGGCUACCGUCUCCGCCUGGUCUCGCAGUCACUGUCAAUAUCGGCGGCGCCCGUAUCAACAUCAACUUAAACGGACAAACCAGCGGCGGCCGCGAAGCAUCGCCAGAGGCAAAGCCUGGCUGUUAGUCAGACACGCGUGGCUCGUUAAAUCUGAUGGAUUAAUUUCGGGCAAUACUGACAGGAAAGGAUCCAAAAAAACUCUGAAAGUUAGCAAGGACCAGAAAGGACGGUCUUCCGUUUACUUCUUGUUUGGAAGAAUAACAUAAAAGGACGAGGAAAUGGCAUUCGACGAGCUACUGGUGCACCUGGGCGAAUUCGGCCGUUACCAGAAGCGCAUUUAUCUUCUGCUCUGCCUGCCCGCGAUCUCAUGCGCGCUCCAUAAGCUGGCCUGGGUUUUCCUGGCCGCCAGGGCGCCGCACCGCUGCUUGAUGCCCUUCGAGUCCGCGGAAAACGCCACCUUUAAAAACAUCGAUGGCUUCCCAAGGAACAUGACCCUUCCGAUUGACUCGCUCACCGGAGACUGGUCCCAGUGCGAGCGGCUCGACUCCAACUUCACCGAUGAAUACUUUGAAGGAAUGGUGCCUGCCACGAAGCACGUGCCCUGCGACAACUACGUCUUUGACCACUCCAAAUACUUGUCCAGUGCUGUUUUUGAGUGGAGUCUUGUUUGCGACAAGGCUUGGAUCAGAUCUGGCGCAGACACGAUAUUUAUGCUCGGCGUGCUGAUAGGCUCCAUCCUGUUUGGCUACCUCUCUGACAGAUAUGGCCGGCGACCAAUUUUCUUCUUUUCGUUGGUACUUCAAGUGUCUAGCGGCAUACUCGCUGGAUUGGCUCCGGAGUAUUUCAGUUUUGUGUUUGCUCGGAUGACCAUUGGAGCCACAACGUCUGGCGUUUUCUUAGUUGCAUACGUUAUCGGAAUGGAAAUGGUUGGACCCUCUAAGCGGUUUUACGCUGGUGUCGUGGUUCAGUAUUUUUUCACCCUUGGCUACAUGAUGACUGCCCUUUUUGCUUACCUCAUCACCGACUGGAGACAACUGCAAAUCGCACUCUCACUGCCAGGACUGCUUUUCCUUCUGUAUUGGUGGUUUGUGCCCGAGUCUGCCCGCUGGUUGCUUACUAAAGGUCGCGAGGAAGAAGCGAGGCAGGUGCUAAAGAACGCUGCAAAGGAGAACCAAGUGGAUUUGCCAGACGAGAUGCUGGACAAAUUCCUUAAUGAAGGCGAUGAAAAGGUCAAGCCUGUCCAAACUGGCUCUCUGCUCGAUCUGCUCCGCUACCCAAAUCUCCGCCGCAAAACCUUCAUUAUUCUCUUCCUAUGGUUUGUCAACAGCGGCUCCUACUAUGGCUUGUCUUGGAACACGUCCAAUCUUGGUGGCAACGACUACUUAAACUUCUUCAUUUCGGGUGCCGUAGAAGUUCCUGCUUAUACAUUCCUCCUGUUUGCGCUGAAUCGCUUCGGCCGCAAGCUGACUCUCUGCGGCUCCAUGCUCGCUGGAGGCAUUGCCCUCUUGCUCUCCGCUGUGGUCCCUAGCGGUGAGUCUUGGCUGCUGAUCACACUCGCAAUGUUUGGUAAAAUGGCCAUCACCGCCUCGUAUGGAGCCGUCUACAUAUUUUCUGCCGAGCAAUUCCCAACGGUAAUUCGAAACGUGGCCAUCGGAAUCAGCUCUACUGCUGCACGUGUCGGAGGAAUGCUGGCACCUUUCGUCAACCAGCUGGCGGACAUUUGGCGACCAUUGCCUUUGAUUUUAAUUGGGGCACUGGCCUUCACCGCAGGAUUAAUGUCCCUACUUUUGCCGGAAACUUUAAACAAAAAGCUCCCAGAGACCAUCGAAGAUGGGGAGGAUUUCGGAAAGAGAGCCAAAACGGAAGCAACCGACGGGAAUAACGUGGAAAUGUAAUACUAGUCAAGACAUUGUGUAAAGUGACCUCGUCAUCGUCUUGAUUUGCGGAGCCAAAUAUUUACAAUGGACUAUUUGUUACAGUUUUUCUUUAUCUUGGACUUUUAUAUUUUACUUCUAUAUGUUCUGCACAUUGAUCUUUUCACUUUAGUGUGAAUCUCAUGAUUUUUAAUUGACAUGAUAAUGCACUGUAGCUUUUGAUAUGGAAUUUGGUCUUUGAAAAUUGUAUUUGCAUGAUUGAAUUAUAGAAUAAAUUAAGCUCGCCUUUAUCAUCCA